AUGUCCCUCUACGCCUUGACGGUGAAACAGCCCACGGCGACUCAGGAUGCCAUCUCGGGUGAUUUUCUGGGAACCGGCAAGCAGCAGAUCCUCACAGCGAGUGGGUCGCGGUUGGCUAUACUAGAGGUCUCGCGGAGGCAGAAAGGCUUCCAAGAGCUCUAUUCUCAGGAUGUAUUUGGCAUUAUUCGCGGCAUCGCCAAGUUCAGGAUUGCCGGCGGUACCAAGGACCACAUUGUCAUAACCACAGACUCCGGAAGACUGGUCACGUACGAGUACCUUCCAGAUGAGAAAACCUUCAAGACGGUCCAUUUUGAGACGUUCGGCAAGUCUGGAAUACGUCGUGUCGUCCCGGGCGAGUAUCUGGCAGCUGACCCGAAAGGGCGCGCUAUCAUGAUUGCUUCGACGGAGAAGAACAAGCUCGUCUACAUCCUUACUCGAAGUGGCCAGACGGACAUUGCCAUCUCCUCACCGCUUGAAGCACACAAGCCCCAGACACUCGUUUACUGUCUCAUCGGACUUGAUGUUGGCUAUGACAACCCAAUGUUUGCUACACUGGAAGUCGAUUACUCGAGUUCGGAAACCGACCCCACUGGCGAGGCGUACGACGAGAUCAAGAAGGAGCUGGUAUACUACGAGCUGGACCUUGGUCUCAAUCACAUUGUACGGAAAUGGUCAGAGCCAGUUGAUCGCACAGCCAAUACCCUCUUCCGCGUUCCAGGAGGCCCCAACGCACCGAGUGGUGUAUUGUGUUGUGGAGAAGACAGCAUAACAUACCGUCGCAUCUUCAACAACAAGUCCAAUGUCCACCGAUUGGCGAUUCCACGACGUGAGGGAGCCACCGAGGACCCAAAUCGAAAGCGUAUGAUCAUCGCUGGUACCCUAUACUCUCUCAAGGGUGGUGACUUCUUCUACCUCUUGCAGACAGAGGACGGCGAUGUCUUCAAGCUUACCGUCGAUGCCCCUAGUGGUACAGUUGAGAAGAUCAAGAUCAAGUACUUUGAUACCAUACCUAUUGUCACAAGUAUCUGCAUUCUCAGAGCAGGUUUCGUCUAUGCCGCCUGCGAGUCGGGGGACCGCAUCUUGUACGAGCUUGAAUCUCUGGGUGACGAGACGGACGAUCCGGUCUUUGAGAGUGACCAGUUCCCCGUGGACCCGGAUACCUCUUUUGCGCCUCCAUUCUUCAAGCCUCGAGCCUUGGUCAAUUUCACACCAGUCGAGUCGAUGCCCAGUCUCAACCCAAUCAUGGGUAUGGAAGUUGCCAACCCCGCAUUAGAGGACGCGCCACAGGUGUACACCAUCAACGGCACCAGCGGUCGGAGCUCCUUCCGUACCACCAGAAAUGCUCUGGAAGUUCUGGAUCUCAUCGAGUCGCCUCUGCCACAGAAUGCUUCCGAUGUGUGGACUACGAAGCUUACGAGUGGGGACGAGGCAGACACCUUAAUUGUGCUCUGUCUUCAUAGUCGAACACUCGUGUUGAAGAUUGGCGAUGAUGUGGAGGAAGCCUCUAAUACCGGCUUUCUCCCAGACACGAACACGCUUGGUGUGCAACAAUUCGGCGAAGAUUGUAUCAUCCAGAUCCAUCCCAAGGGCAUUCGUCACAUUCAGGGAAUUCAAUUUCCUAACGAUGAUGCUGACGCAACGCAUGCCAAUCUCAUGGACUGGCACCCUCCAGCGCACCGAACCAUCGUUGCCUGUGCUACGAAUAACCGUCAAGUCGCAAUUGCUCUCAGUUCUGGUCAAAUUCUGUAUUUUGAAUGUGACUCCGAUGGUUCGCUUGCCAUGGCCGAGGAAGAAAUUUCUCUGGAUAGCACAAUCAACUGUCUGGCAAUGCCCGAUGUUCCUGAAGGCAGUGUACGAGCUUUCUUCUUGGCAGUCGGAUGCAGUGACCAGACUGUCAGGAUAUUCAAUCUCAGUCCUGAUAUGGACGGUAACAUUCUCCGGAGUAUCUCUGUUCAGGCUCUUACAUCACCGCCCAGCGACCUCACCAUCAAUUUCAUGAAGGAUAGGUCGCCGCGCGGCGAAAGCCAAUUCCUUCACAUCGGUCUGCGAAGUGGUGUGUACAUUCGCUCAGUACUAGACGAGAUGACCGGUGAUAUUGGCGACACUCGAAGACGUUUCCUAGGACCCGAGCCUAUCAAGUUUGCAAAGGUGAACGACGUUGCAGGCUCGCCUGGUAUCCUAGCAAUGACUUCCAGGCCAUGGCUAGGCUACACCCACCCUCGCACAGGAGUCCUACAGCUGACACCGCUGAACUACAUUCCCUUCAAGUCUGCGUGGAACUUUGAUGGUUCCCAAUUCAAGGGGAUCAUUUGUGUGAGCACUAAUGAGUUACGAAUCUUCACCUUCAAUGACCUCACGGACAAUACGACUUAUGAAAACAUAUCGCUCAAGUACACGCCAAGGAAGAUGGUAGGCUACCACGAACAGGGUGUCUUCUACGUCAUCCAGAGCGACAACAACACUAUUAGUGCAGACAGACGCCAGCAGCUGAUUGCGCAAGGCAACACAAAGGAGGACAGCAACGUUGAGCAAGAGAAUGAUACCAACGGCGGUAUGGAACUUGUUGAGACCAACGGCGACGCGGCCGACGGAAGCACCGAAAGCGAGGAAUUUCCUGCGAUCGACUUUGGCUACCCUAGGGCUGAAGGCAGUUGGGCAUCUUGUAUCCAGGUAGUCGACCCUGUGACCGAGAAGGCUGUCGUUCACACAGUGGAGAUCAAUGGCAACCAGUCACUCGUCAGUGCUGCGCUGGUCUUCUUUGAGAGCCGUGGUAAUGAGGCAUUCCUGGCAGUCGGACUUGCCAAGGACCUGAGCUUUCAACCUUUCAAGUUCUCUAGUGCAUCGAUACAGGUGUACAAGAUCAGCCCAGAUGGACGCGAGAUUGAGCUCUUCAAUGAGACAGCAGUCAGCGAACCACCACUAGCGCUUCUUGCCUUCAAGGGUAAGCUUAUUGCUGGUGUGGGUCGGCAUCUGUGUCUCUAUGACUGCGGUAUGAAGUCAUUGCUUCGAAAGGCUCAAGCACCAAACUCUGUUCCCACGCGCAUUGUCGAUAUCAAAACCCAGGGCAGUCGACUUGUUGUUUCUGAUCAGGCGCAAUCUGUCACGUAUUUUGUGCACAAGGACCAGGUUCACCCAAACCGUCUCAUUCCCUUUGUCGACGAUAGUGUCGCUCGGCAUACAAGCGCGUCUGAGAUGCUGGACUACGACACCACCAUCGGCGGUGACAAGUUUGGUAACAUUUGGCUAGUGCGCUGUCCCAAAGAGAUUUCUGAAUCCUCAGAUGAAUCGCCAGAUGGUUCAGAUCUUCUCGUAGACAAGAGCUACCUAGGCGGAACUCCAAACCGACUCGAUCUGAUUGCACACUACUUCACCAACGAUAUCCCUGUUUCCAUACAGAAGGCCAACCUCAUAUCGGGUGGAGACAAGGUCAUCUUCUGGGCUGGCUUACAGGGUACAUUGGGAGCACUCAUUCCCUUCACCUCUCGCCGAACCCAUAAGCUUUUCCAGCAGCUAGAACUCACCCUCCGGUCAGAAGACAAGCCACUCUCUGGUCGCGAUCAUCUCACUUACCGCAGCUACUACGCCCCUGUCAAGAGCGUCAUUGAUGGUGACCUCAUCGAACGCUACUUGGUGCUAUCGAGUGAUAAGAGGGAAAGCAUUGCUGGUCAGAUGACAGGUUCCGAGUGGACCCCCAGCAGCAUUGACGAGCAGAUCUGGGGCAUGAGAAGUCUUUUCGCUUUCUAG